AUAUGGUUGCUUGGAACAAAUGCUAGUGGCGCUCGCAUGUCCGUCGUGAAAUUUUAGCUAAAAUCACUCCAAAACAGGAACUUUGCCCGAACAGGGGCUCCACCACCACUCUCAGGUAUACACCGACCACCACUGACCCACAAUGAAUCGAAAAUUGUGGCAUCUAGGCCAGUAGAAGCCAUCCAAAGAAGUCAUAUGCAAACAAGCAGGAGCACGCCAUACGAGCGAAAACCACUCAAGGAUUUGGGAUGUAAGUUAUGGAGGAUGGUAGUGGAAAGUGCUUACUAGACGUGAUAAGUGACCCAACAGCAUUAAACGAGUUUUUAAGAAGUAAUAGCCAGAUUGUUCUUGAUGAGAAAGAGGACCUAUCUCAGGAGAAUGCAAAGUUGUCACAGCCCUCUACUGUGGGACAAGGAAUAUUUCCACCGAAAAUUAUCUCCUCCAACUCUGUGGUGAACAGUACUUUGGCCAACCAGACAACGCACAGUGUGGCAGACACCAGGGUGUCAUCUUCAGCAGCAGCAGUAAACCCCACUGUUCUGCUGUCAACGUCUAGAUCAACUGCAGCUCAAGACAUAGCUGGUCUAGCGUUGGGCCAGGCAUUUCAGAAUGGAAGGGCAGCAACCUCAAGUCAGCCUGUAAUGCAGAAUGCUCACAUAGUUAGAACAAUGAAUACUACUGUUUUAUCCCCAGUAAGAACAUGCAACUCCCAAACAAGGACUGGGAAUACAAAUACUAUACACUCAAGCCCAAAGGCCUCAGUAGUUUCUCCUUCAUUCCAAGGAAAGAAACCAAUUCCUAUACAACCAAAAACUCCUUCAAUAGUUCAGGGAUCAAGUUCAACCAUGACUGGCAUCCCGACCAAUAUUUUAAAAGGACUUCAAGUUCCAAACCAAGUUCGGGUACCUCAGACAAUGUCCACUUCUUCUCUUGUUAUAAAUGGUGCUGAGAGUCCUGUUCAGCAAGUUAAUAUAAGGACUCAAGCUCCGGUCAACCAACAAGUUUUGGUGACUCCACCCAAGAGGAUUGCUCCUAAGCAACAAGUGAUGUCACCUCCAACUAACUCUCAAGGGAUAGGGUCAACAGGUAAUGUGAUUCAAAUGCAGCCAACAAGGACGAUAGCUCAGACAAUGCAAGUUGUUUCUCCCGGUGUACAGGUGUGUGGGGCAAUGCAGGUCCCACAGGUAUCAUCAACUUUAACACAGAUUCUGCCGCAGCAGCAGUUAGUCAAUGUAGUUCAACAACAGCGACUUUCCCAGCCGACUGUGACAGCUACAGCCUGUCAGUCAAAUCAACACGUCCAACAGAUUCAACAGCUUGUACAGCAGAAGUUUAACAACCAGCAGGAACAGCCUUCACUGCAACCUCAGCAGAAGGGCUUUACACCUGCACAAUUGCAAACAGCUUUAAAACAAACCAAGAUGUUGGCCCAGAGCACAGGUCAGCAGCCCAGUCUACAAGUACAACAGCAGAUCCUGAAACAGCUGCUUCUGUUACAACAGGCGCAGGGCCAGGACAAUAAACCUCAGUCGAUAGUUAUACAACAGCAACAACAGCCAGUUGUAGUACAGCAACAACAACAACAACAGCCUAUUGUUGUACCAUUGCAGCAGCUAAAACAGCAGCCACAACAAGUUGUCAUUCAACAACAGGGUGUACCACAAGGUCAGCAACAGUCAAAUGUCAUUCAACGACUCCAGCAACAGGUCAAUGUAAGCACCCAAUCAGUUGCUGGACAAAUGGAAAUCAAGUUUGUGACUGCCAAUCAGCAACAAGCUACUGCAGCUAGUAAUUCAAACUUUGGAACUCAGCAAGUACAACUGAACUCUUUAGCAAUGGGCAACAUCGUGUCUACAUCUGGUCACCAAGUCGCCACACAAUUGAUCUCUGGCCAACCUAUAUAUGGUAACACAAUAUUGACAACCAGUAAUCAAGGAACUGCUGUAGGUCAGCAUCAAGGCUCCAAGCAGGUCUAUGUGUCAUUUUCUCAGUCCAACAGUGGACAGCCUAUUUAUAUUGUAUCACAACCGCAGAUAAUAGUGCAGCAGAACAAUUCUAAUGUUAAAACUGUGACAUCUUCUGUCCAGCAACAAACAGUAGCAGAUCAACAAAAGCAGCUCCAGCAGAUUUUAGCUCAAUCAAGGACAUCUCAAUCAGCAGCAGUUGUUCCAAAUGUUCAACAGAGAAAUCAAGCAACUUUGGGGCAGACAGCUAGUGCUAUUAAUGCCAGUCCCAUAGUUUCACAAACUCCUUACAUAGUUCAAGUAUCACAGGCUCCACAAAGCUCAGUUGCUCAACCUAAGCUUGCAUCAACAACUUUAUCAUCAAAUGUUCCAGUGCAGCAGCUCACAGCUCAACAGAUUCAGCAGCUGCAGAAUUCUGGAGGUGUGCAGAAAGUUCUGAUUAUCAAGCAACCAGAGCUGCUUCAGAAGCUUGGUGUGCAGGGGCUUAAGCCACAGCAGACAAUCCAGAUAACACCCCAGCAGCUGCAAGUGCUUCAGAAACUGCAUAGUCAACAGCAGACAACAACGCAAAAGGGAUCUAUACUUACCAAACCAAUGGCAGGAACGCAGCCUAAACUUUUGACGGCACAGCAGCUUAAGCAAUUACAAGUGUUACAACAGCAACAGGCGGCAAGCGGUAACAAAUCAAAUCAGCCUCUGCUGCUACAACAGAAACAAGUCAUGGUUCAACAAUUGCAAAGACAGUUGCAAACAUCCAAAAGCACAACCAAGACUCAGUUACCUAGGAUACUCCAAACCACUGGGCGGCAGCCGGUGGUCAUUUCACAGGCUGGGAAAACACUGAUAAAACAGGAACCCAGAGGUGUCAAGCGCUCUCAUCCUGACACCCCAGAGCCACCUAAAGUAGUUACCAGGAUAAAAACUGCAUUGAUGCAAGACCAGCAUUCGGUGCUCCACCCUGAUUUUCAUACCCCAUUCAAGUCCAUGGCAGAUGCUACAAGCAAGCUAAUCCAUUACCAUGUCUACCACGAGCCGGACCCGACCCCCAAGGAAUCUGCUGCAGCUGAUGCCUUGUACAACGCAGUCGCAACUCAGCUAAUUAAACGAAGCGAAAAGAUGAGGGAGAAGUACAGGCAGCUUAUUCUAGAAGAAAGCAUGCGCACGGAGCCCUCGUCGGAGAUGGUGAUGUUGUACCGAGUAUACCUGUCUGAUGAACGCGCAUCUUUGGCAAAAGACAGACUCCAAGCUGCAGAAGACCUCAAAGCAUUAGAGGCAGCGGCGAUAUCAAGAGAGCAUGAAAUCGCCAGUCAGCCAACUCAACAAAGCUUAGCCGCAUCAGCUUCCACCACCACACCCUCAACAACUCUACCCACAUGUACAACAACCACACUCUUAGACGACGAGGAAAACGAGAAGGAAUCUUCGCACAACCUCACCCUUACAUCCCUCGACGACGACGAAGAUGAUGACGACGAAGACGACGAUGGAGAAGAUGACGUCGUUGACGAGGAGAGUGAAGUCGAUAAGGCCGUCCAUAAUAUGGAGUCAUCCACUUCGUCGUCUUUCCUUAUGGGGAUAGCAGGCUCAAGUUCGUCCCCGCUUAUCGAUAGUCCAAGGACUAACCCCACGACUCCACAAGCACUGGAGUGCGGGGAAGAAAUGGAAGUUGAUGAGGACGCAGAAAAGGAGGACGUGACUGCGACGCUUGCGUUACUCCACUCGAUGGCUGAGGAAUUGGACGAGACGAUCAGUUAACGACCGGCCUUUUUGUCAACCAUCUCAAUCAGGUGUUACCCUGAUUAUCGGGAGCUUGGUGGAUUUUGCGGGUGCUUACUGUUGCGACUAAAGAGAGAGUGCCGUACCCUCGACUCCCUUGGCCCCUAACGCAUUUCUGCAUGCAUCUGUGGCAAUUAGCUCCUGUCGUAUUGUAGUGACGUAGAUUAUAAUAAUCUGCCUUAUCUCUUUCCAUUUCUCAGAUGCAAGAGACUACUAAAGCUCUGAUUAUCCUCGUCUGUAGUGUAUUUCUCGCCCGCUAUACAUUGCACUAUACAUACCUUUCGCUCGGUCUUUUUAUACACUUUUCUACUCGUACAUUUUCAGAAAAGCGAAAAAUAAUAAACACUUUAUUUUUUUUGCCUGGUAGAAUUUUUACUUCUAUAUUUUUGUACUUAGAAAAUAAUGCAACGUCAAGGUGCGGUGACAGGUGGACUUGGUCGUCUUUAAAAUCUAGAAAUUUAGUUUAAUUACUAAAGGGUGAUCGAUUAAAAAAAACAGUUAUACAGUAUAUGGCUGUUUAUAUGAUGGUGGUAUUAUGUGGUUUGAUGGCUUAAUGCCAUUUUCUUUCUAACGAAAGCAUUACAGAGCAUCUCAAACCUCUUUCGAUAUUAUUGAGGAAUAGAGCAUUGGAAUAAUGUGUAAAGAAAUAUUUAUCAUUCCUAUGUAUAUUGAUUUAAAAGCGACUUGUAGUAUCUAUGGAAAAAUCGAAAACAGAAAUACUUGUAAUAUUUAAGGCUCGAAGGCUUUAAUAUAUUGAAUAUGCCUGUUUGGCAUUACAUAG